GGUUGCGGGAUGAGGCGCCAAAAUCCAAGGUUUGACCUCAGCCUGCCCUUGCUAGUGCCUGGACCACAGGUGAGCCGUUAUUGGCUGCCGUUAAGGACCGUUACCAUUCCUGGACAGGACAGGCCGUUCUGGCGUUCCUGGGUUGGGCCAUCCCAGCCGGCCAAGCGUGCCCUGCUCGGGUAAUUCCCCACCUCCUGGCUCUGCAUUCUCGCUGGCCUCCUCUUUCCUGGGAAGAUGUUUCUGGUGGGCUUGACAGGGGGCAUCGCCUCAGGCAAGAGCUCGGUGAUCCACGUGUUCCAGCAGCUGGGCUGUGCGGUGGUGGACGUGGACGCGAUCGCCCGGCACGUCGUCCAGCCAGGAUACCCUGCCCACCGGCGUAUCGUGGAGGCCUUUGGCACAGAAGUCUUGCUGGAGAAUGGUAACAUCAAUCGCAAGGUCCUGGGGGACCUGAUCUUCAAUGAGCCCGCCCGGCGCCGUCUACUCAACACCAUCACCCACCCCGAGAUCCGCAAGGAAAUGAUGAAGGAGACCUUCAAGUACUUCCUCCGAGGAUACCGCUAUGUGAUUCUGGAUAUCCCCCUGUUGUUUGAGACCAGGAAGCUGCUCAAGUACAUGAAGCACACAGUGGUGGUGUACUGUGACCAGGACACACAGCUGGCUCGGCUGAUGCGGCGGAAUGGCCUGAGCCGCGAGGACGCGGAGGCCCGGAUCAAGGCCCAGCUGCCCCUGAAGGACAAGGUCCGCAUGGCCCACCACGUCCUAGACAACUCGGGGGAGUGGAGCCUCACCAAACGCCAGGUCAUCCUCCUGCAUGGCGAGCUGGAGCGCUCCUUCGAGUACCUGCCACUGAGGCUGGGGGUCCUGACGGGUCUAGCGGGCAUCGCUGGCCUCCUCUACCUGCUCACCCGCUACCUCCUGCCCUCCCCCUAGCUGGGCGCUCCCCAGGCCUUGAUCCCCUCUGAGGCUGAAGCAGGUAACAAAGGCAUCCUGUUUCCUCUGGAGCCCAUCAACACACACGCCCUCUGAAUCAGGGCUGAGGCUACACCAGCCGGCCCUUUGGAGAGCAUCCCCGUCUGAGACAGAGAAACAGCCCAAUGUCAGUAGGUUCUCCUCCUCACCUUCCUUGGGCCCCUCCCUCCGCACCGCCUACCGAAUGGUAUUCAUGAUGGGGCAUGUAAGCAACGGUGGGAAACCGUGUACAUUUCUUGGGGGUGCAGGUGAGAAGCACUCUCUCUGGGGCUAUCGGCACUGUUGAAGUGGGGGGUUCCCUGGAGCCUGAAAUCUCUGCAAGCACAUGCCCCAUCAGGACCAAAACCUGCUCCGAGGACCAGGGAAAUAAUUCUGGACCAACAGCUGCCACCUUCAGGAUUCUCCCGAGGUCGAAGCCCUUGGCCAGGACACAGUGAGGACUCCCUUGUGGGUAAUGCUGAGCCCCUCAUAGGCUGACCCACUGCCCCACCUGGGCAUUUCUCCAGCAUGCCCCCACCGGCUCACCACCUGCCACGCAUCUGCCUCCUACUCCAUGUCCCCCUCACCCUGAACUCUUGGUAGUCCUCACACACCAGGCUGGUUCUUGCCUCUGUGCCCUCUCUGUGCUGCUCCCUCACCUAGAAUACCUUUUGUUUCUCUGCAGCGGGAUAACCCCCAGUUCAAGCACCAUAUGAAGGCCCAGGCUGGGUCAGGUGCUUUGGGAGAGCCUCCCUCUCUCCCCCUGCUGUGUUUUACUUUAAUCCACAGAAUCAUAAUCCACCAAAAGCUGGCUGGUCUCUCCUACUAGACUGUAAGCCGUUAGAGGGUAGGGACUGCAUCUCGUUCAUCUGUGUUUCCAGCGUGAAGCUGAAUUGCUAUGGAUGCUUAAUAAAGUGAGUUGAUCUGAA